AUCUUGCUCGCGUUCGGCUUGGAUGUGUGCGUGCUAGGCAAAGCGAGUGAACGAAGAACGACAGCGAGAAGCGAAGUGAAGAAGAUCGACAACGUCGACGGCGACGAAACAACGAAACCAAACGAAAAGGUGACGGGACGUCGAGAAGUGAGAACGAGCAACUCUGGCGAAAAGUUAAAAUGGCUGCUUGUCAAUCCGCUUUUCAGAUUUGGUGACGGUGAAUUGACACGCAUUCGGUCGCGAAACGGCACGGAAAACACGCCAUACCUUGAGAAAAUCGUACGUUGCGUGAACGGGCGAAGAGCGAAACGUCGUGUGGUGAAACUUGCAGAAACGUCGACAGCGCGACAGGCGAAUAAAAGUGUGCGAACGGCAAAAUCUAGGGAGCGGACUUUGGUGAAGCAAGAAAACUCCGCUGCUUGUGUGUGAUCAAUUUGGUGAACCCUCCCGAGUCCUCGCGCUUCCCUGUGAGUUUUCGUUCCCACGAGCGAGUCGUUCACGCGAGCCCUGAAAACCUGCUCAAGAAAGAAAAGUUCUUGAAGCGAUCCUGGAAAAUCCAUGUGCCAGCGGCUGUAGCUCCGGAAAGCUCCCGUCGAGCGUGUGUCGCAAGCGAGAAAAGAGGUCGCGCACUCGAUUGCGGCUCCCCGUAUUUAGCCACUCAGUCCGAUUCAAGCCUGUCGGCCGCCCGCGUGCCCCGUCCUAGCCCAGUGCGGAGCCCCCAGCUGCGGGCCCUGUCGUUCUGCGAAGGACUUUCUAGCUCCCCCGCGGGACCAAGGUGCGCUGGCCACUUUCUCGAGUGCGUACGGAAAACGUCAAAGCGUACGGGAAGUUGGGCGAGCAGUGGCCGUCCGUCGUUUCGAAAUUGUGUGAAAAUCGAUUGAAAAUUCGUGGCGUGAACAAAGUGUGUCUCGAGCAGCGAACAAUAGACGUGCGUUCUCAAAAAUUUUCCCUUCAAUUUUCGUGUCACUUUCCGUCUAACCUCAAGUCUGCACGUUAUUCGUUUUUGUCUUUUUCCUUUCAUUUUCUUUUUUAAAUUUCGAUCUUCCAACUUUUGUUUCUUUUUUAAAAAAGUUUCGUGCAUCGUUUCGGUCCUUCCACGAGAGUCUUCAGUCGAUUGGUUUUCCAUUUUCUGCGACGAAUAUUAUUCCGCGUGAGUGUGAUUCGGGAGCGAGGGUGCGUGCAGAAGGGGAAGGAAGUCCUGGAAUUCAGAAAUACUUGGAGGAAACGCGUUGUUAGUUCGGAGUACGGUGUCCGGACGGAGAUCGUGCGACCAUCGAGCGCCCAAUCGAGAAGCAAACCAGACCAAGGCAGCGGCGUAGGAGAGUUGCGACCACGGAGGCGACAGUCACCGCGCGGCAAGCAAACACGGAAACAACAACUAAACCCGUAACUUCACAGUUUCCUGCCGCCGUAAAAUGGACAAGCUGCGACUAAUGAAGGACCCAAAGAAUUCGGAAAUUCUCAUCGGCGGUAAAUACCGCAUUAUCCGAAAAAUUGGAAGCGGUUCAUUCGGUGACAUCUACCUUGGCAUGAGCGUACAAUGUGGCGAGGAAGUUGCAAUCAAAGUAGAAAACGCUUCGGCCCGUCAUCCACAAUUACUAUACGAAUACAAACUCUAUAGAUUAUUGAGCGGAGGCGUCGGUAUUCCGAGGAUCCGUUACUAUGGCCACGAAAGAAACUAUAACACUUUAGUAAUGGAUCUGCUCGGACCAUCGCUCGAGGAUCUCUUCACGUUCUGUAGUCGCCAUUUCACUAUUAAAACUGUUCUAAUGUUAGUCGAUCAAAUGAUAGGACGCUUGGAAUUCUUACAUUUGAAAUGUUUCAUCCAUCGCGAUAUAAAACCCGAUAAUUUUCUCAUGGGCAUUGGACGUCACUGCAAUAAGCUGUUUCUAAUCGAUUUCGGAUUGGCUAAGAAAUAUCGCGAUCCACGAACGCGCAUACACAUUCCUUAUCGCGAGGAUAAGAAUUUAACCGGCACCGCACGUUAUGCAUCGAUUAAUGCACAUUUAGGCAUUGAACAGUCACGACGUGAUGACAUGGAAUCACUAGGAUAUGUUAUGAUGUAUUUUAAUCGUGGCGCAUUGCCAUGGCAAGGAAUGAAGGCUAAUAAUAAGAAACAGAAAUAUGAGAAAAUCUCGGAGAAGAAGAUGUCGACACCGAUUGAAGUACUGUGUAAAGGAUUCCCGGCAGAAUUUUCCAUGUAUUUGAAUUACUGUCGGAGUCUUAGAUUUGAUGAACAACCAGAUUAUAUGUAUUUAAGGCAGCUUUUUAGAAUUUUGUUCCGUACCCUUAAUCAUCAGUAUGAUUACACAUACGAUUGGACAAUGCUUAAACAGAAAACGCAACCAGGCACAGCGAGUGCAGCUAUAACACAAGGAACAGCUGAGAAUCGUGACCGCGAACGGGAUAGGGAGAAAGAGAAACAACAAAGUGGUACCGAAUUGAAAUGAAAUUCUUAAUUCUAAUUUUUUAAAAUUAAAAUUUAUUGAAAUCAUUUGAACAAGAGAAAAUACAAUGCCUCUCCUCCCCACUUCAACUCCUUCUUCUCCUCAACUUAUAUAAGAAAUAUAACGAAGAAUACAAAAUAAAUGAAUAUAAAUAACAAGAGAAAAAAAAAACAAAACAAAAAAUAAUGGAAGUUAUGUAUAAAUGAAAACAAACAAGAAAAAAGGAAUGAAAAAUACAAUUAUAUUAUAGAAAAGAUAUAAAACACGAAUUACAAGAAAGCUCUGUAUAUGUUUCAAUGAUUCUGUCUCGUAGCGAAAUAAAAACAGAAAAGAUUAAAGCAAAGUACGACAAAAAACGAUUAUAAAAUUGUUACGAACAAAAAGAUGAAAUUUUUUAAUGAUAAUUUGGUAAAAAAAAAUUUCCUGUGUCAGUAUGAAAGAUAGAAGCAGUUUGACCGUUUUAGCUUCAAAUGAGCCAUGCUACGGGCAUACAUUGUUUGCCACUUACAGAUGAACGCAUUACACAGAAACAUAAUCGGUAAACCAAUUUCGAUCAUGCGUCGAACUCUUGCACACACGACUCCUUCGUAACGUUUGUGUUUCUUUUUUUGAUCGAUGGGAAAACCGCAGAAAUCAAUGAAGUCAAGCAAUCGAAAUCGGGAGCGCAUUCUGCAUUGUAUGUAUCCCUUCAGUGGCUGCAGCCCUAAUUUAAAUUUGAUCUCUUACCUUUUAAAUUCGUACAGCCAUCUUUGCAGGACGCGGUGUCGGUUCCGUUGCACCAAAUCAUUAGUUUUCCCUGUGUAUUUCUAGGACUUUUUAUAGUUUUUGCUCAUUUUAGAAGACCCAUUUUUGCAUAAUUUCAAACAUACAUUAUAUUACAUUAUAAUAAUAGUAAUCUAAUUAUAAUUUAUAAAACUCGAGGAAGAAAUCGAUAUAGAGAAACUUAUUACAAUUUUCAAUGCGCCCCUUUUGGAAUAUGAUACUUUUUGAAAGGCGGCAACCUAUUGGAAUAAAUAUAACUGAAUAGUUGAUAGAGGAAAAUAAAGAAGAUCCGACAUGCGACAGUAACUGAAUUCGUUUUUAUUUCAACAGUUCUCCUUAGUAAUUUUCGUUUACUUUUUAAGAUGCGACAUUAAAAUUAAAGAACUUAGAACGUAGGCAAUUAUAAGGGAAACGCAAGCUUUUUCGAGUUUCCAAUUGUACAUUUUUAAUAUCAUUAUAAAAUUGUUUGAGGUCGUCGUCGAUUUUCCUGCGAUGAAAGUUAGAAACAAGAGAGCAGUUUCCUUUGAAAAUUACAUUCACAAAUGGAAUCAAAACUUUCGAACGGUUUAUAGCGAUGCAGAGAGGAAAUAAAUACAAUUUUUAUAGGCUAAAGUAAUACAAUUAAAUAAUAUAACUAUACAUAAUUAAAAACAAAUACAAGAUAUAAAUUAUUGUUAAGUGAGUAAGCACUAAUGAAACAUGAGAGAAUGUCAAAGAAAGCUACGAUGGAAUCAAAGGAAACCUCCAAAUGAUAGGAACAAAAGCAACCGAUCUUGGAACUGUAGAGUAUUAUGCAACUUUUAGGAUAUACGAAACACUUGAUGCAAACAAACCAGAAACUAUCAAUUCUGAGACGUUGAACUACUAAUUCGUAACAGCAUUCUCGUCCUUUUAGCAAUUCUGUUUCUCAUUUUCUAUUUCUUGAUUUCGAUAACGACUCAAAGGUUUUGUUGAAAUUUUUAAACAAAAAAGAAGAAAUAACUUUAGAUGUAACAAAGUUGAAAGCACUGUGAAAGCAUAAAAUUAAAUUCAAUUACGAACAUAAAAUAUCAGCGUCGCCAUACGGUCUGUGACCUAUGGCUGAGCAAAAGAGUACAUACAAAUAUUCAACAACCUAUAGAUGACUUGUAACGUAAUAUGAAUGAUGAAAAUCACAUUUGAAUGGAAAACGAAGAGCGGAAGAAUAGUUAUUUCGAAGAAAAUGGAGAGAACCAAGUGGAGAGAAAUUUAGUUUCUAAAUAAAAAAUUGCAAAUUAUUUUUAUGAUUUGAAAUAUAUCUAUAUGAAAAGUAAAA